AUGUACGUCACAGUGUUUGUGUGCAUGAUUACUCACGCCAUACACCUGGAGCUUGUAACAGAUUCAUCCACAAAUGCAUUUCUCGCGGCAUUCAGGCGUUCCAUCGCACGACGAGGUAGGCCAUCGGAUGUCUACUCUGACAACGCUAAAAACUUCGUUGGAGCUCAAAAGCAGCUUGAGGAGAUUCGGCAAGUUUUAUCAACUCAAACCAGCCAGGAGAUUAUUGCUAAACAUGCAGCAAAUGCCAGAGUCAACUUCCAUUUUAUUCCACCAAGGAGCGCUCAUUUUGGAGGAAUGUGGGAAUCUUCAGUGAAGAGCUUUAAGAGACAUUUCUAUCGGAUCGUUGGAAACACACCAAUGACACAAGAAUCAAUGCUAACGGUUCUAGCUGAAAUUGAAAUGUGCCUUAAUUCUAGACCACUUUCACUCAUUUCUUCAAGCCCAGAAGACUUCGCCGCAUUGACGCCAGGUCACUUCAUGACUGGUGCCCCACUCAAUGCUUUACCACAACACGAUAUUACAACAUUGCCAGAAAACCGAUUGGACAAAUGGCAACGGAAUCAGCAAAUUGUUCAAAACUUUUGGCGUCGCUUUCGCAUCGAAGUUUUCUCACAAUUGCAACAACGCAAAAAGUGGCAGCACGAGCAAUCGGACUUGAAAGUAAAUGAUCUCGUGGUUAUCCUUGAGGAUAACGUUCCACCUCUAUCAUGGAUUCUUGGACGCAUCAUCGAUGUACAUCCCGGACGUGAUGGACACGUACGAGUAGCCAAGGUCAAAACACAAACUGGAAUUUACACAAGAGCCAUCACCCGUUUGGCUCGUCCUCCAGAUGAAGUUCAAAACCAGGAGGUUCUGCCAGGGGAGAAUGGAGACGAAGCUCCAUGA